AUGGCAGCUCUUGCGCGAUGUGCAGCUUUACUUGGCCUCCUCGGCUCUGGCCUGGCGAUCCAGACGAGGCGAUACAAUUUUACGAUCACCAAUCGGUGGAGCGCUGGAGACGGACAUGGCAGGCCCGUCUUUGCAAUCAACGGUCAAAGUCCGGGCCCUUUGAUCGAAGCCAAAGAGGGCGAUGAAAUAGAGGUGUUUCUCGAUAAUCAGUUGGCAUUCGAGACGUCCAUGCAUUGGCAUGGAAUUUAUCAGAUCGACAGGCCUUGGAAUGAUGGAGUACCCGGCGUGACUCAGUAUUCUAUUCAAUCUCGCGACAACUACACCUACCGCUUUACGGUUCAGGAGCAAUACGGAAGCUACUUUUAUCACGGGCAUUUUGGACCUGCAUUCGCAGAUGGCAUGCGGGGCCCGAUCUGGAUUGCUCCUGCGGCAUGGAGGCCGAGACCAUACGAACUCAUUUCUCCUUGGCCACAAGACAUUGAGAGCAUGAAGCUUGCUGAGAAGGAGCCCCAUCAUGUAGUUAUCAGCGACUGGAACGCCGAACCCAUGGAUAUCCUCCUGAUCAUGUAUCGUGACACCGGAAUUGUUCCUUGGUGUAGCAACUCAAUUGUUCUAAACGGCAAGAGCAGGACAUUUUGUCAUUCGCCAGAGUUACUUGAGUCGGUUGGGGGCCCUGGCAGAGAUUCCCUUGGCUGUCUCUCUCAGCCUGGUCAGGAAGAGUUCACUAACCAGCAGACCUGCGAUGAGACCUUUACUGAUCUUGAGGUGGUUGAAGGCAAGAUUGGCCAGGAGUGGAUGUGGAUCAACUUUAUUCACUCUGGUGCACAUCACGAGCUGCAAAUCAGUGUGGAUGAGCACGAGUUCUACGUGGUUGCUGCUGAUGGGGAAUUUGUACAUCCGCAAAAGGUCCACGCCGCGAAUUGUAACCUCGGCGAGCGCAUUAGCAUUUUGAUUCACCUGGACCAAAAGCCGGGUGACUACGCUAUUCGGGUCACCUCGCUCCGACGAGAGCAGAUAAUUCAGGGGUUGGGCAUACUGCGAUACCCUGGCCAAAGCUCCGCAAGCAAGUCAUAUGUUCCCAAAACGAGACCCUGGGUCCAUCUCAACGGCACUCUGAUCUCGCCAUUGUCGGUAGCAAUGGAUGAGACAAGACUCGCUCCUUAUCCUGCACGGCCACCUCCCGCGAAGGCGGAUAACACGCUCAAGUUCUUCAUUAACAUGACCAGCCCCAGCAGCUGGGGUUUGAAUAUUGGCCCGCACCAGGCAUUCCGUCAACAACUGCCGCCCUUACUAUGGGAAGAUAUGUCACGCGGUGAGACGACAUAUGGCAAUAAGAGCCAAGGCAACACACUACAUAAUGGUACUGUUGUGGAUAUCAUUUUUGAGAAUGGUGCCAAUGUCACCUCGCAACAUCCCUUCCACAAGCACAACAACAAAGCUUUUAUCAUUGGCACUGGUAAUGGUGGCUUUCCAUGGUCCACGGUUGAAGAUGCCAUCCAAGAGGGUGACGUGGCAAUGCGCUUCAAUCUAGUUGAUCCUCCCAAUCGCGAUGGUUGUAGAUUGGGUAAUAAUACUGGAGACUGGACUGUCAUCAGAUACGAGAUCUCCUUCCCGGCAGCAAGUAUGCUACACUGCCAUAUGAUUCACCAUUUUGCGGCUGGACAACAAGUUGUGCUGCUGGAGGGGGUCGAGUCUAUGAGAAAAAUCCCUGCGGAGAUGAAAGAUCGAGUGCAUGCGGAUUUCCAGCCGCCUCUAAGGUACGGGCCGUUAGACUAG